CCGUCGUCGUCUUUCUACUUUCUAGUCUCACCGAGAAGAUCAUCCCACUAGAGAGAGAGAAGGAACUCGAGCAAUGGCGGCGGUUCAACAGCAGCAAGCGAUGCAGAAGAACACGUUGUACGUCGGAGGCUUAGCCGACGAAGUAAACGAAUCGAUCCUCCACGCCGCGUUUAUACCAUUCGGCGACAUCAAGGACGUGAAGACGCCGCUGGACCAAGCCAACCAGAAGCACAGAUCCUUCGGAUUCGUCACUUUCCUAGAGAGAGAAGACGCUUCCGCCGCCAUGGAUAACAUGGACGGCGCCGAGCUGUACGGCCGUGUUCUCACCGUCAAUUAUGCCCUCCCGGAGAAAAUCAAGGGUGGAGAACAGGGCUGGGCCGCUCAUCCACUUUGGGCGGAUGCAGACACAUGGUUUGAGCGGCAGCAACAAGAAAAGGAGAUACUCAAGAUCCAAGCUGAGAACAGGGCUGCUAUGGAGGCUGCUGAGGAACUUCACAGGAAGAAACUGGCGCAAGACCGACAAGGGGAGAUGGAAGAAGAUACGGAGGUCAAAGAUGAUCCUAUGGCAAGAGCUGAGGCCGAAGCUCUAAGCCAUGAUAAUCCCUGAUGAAAGUAAGCUUUUGCCGGUUUCUCUCACUCCCACCCCUUCCUCCUGUAGAAUUACGGUUUGGUUUUCGCCUGAGUUGUGUCAGAUUAUAACUUCAUUGAGUUUUGAGAUUAGAUUGUUUUAUGAAGUUAUUGACUAUGUUAGUGUUAUAGUUACUAGACCUGGUACUGUACUUUGUUGAAACUUGCAUGAUUAGAAAAGUUGAAAAAAAUGGUCCAUGUUUCUAAA